UUCUACCUCGCGUGCUGGUCCUUCUUCCACCUCGCCGAGUUCAUCGUCACGUCCAUGUACAACCCGGGCAAGCUCUCGGUGUCCUCUUACCUCCUCGACAACGGCCAGCUGUACCACGUCGCCCACGUCGCCGGCAUCCUCGAGCACGUCCUCGAGGACGCCUACCUCCCGGCCGAGUACCGUCGCUGGAAGCACGCUGGCGGCCUCUUCCUCGUCGGUGUCGCCCUCAUCGCUGCCGGUCAGUGGCUCCGGUCGUACGCCAUGAUCAGCGCCAGCAGCAACUUCUCGCAUCUGCUCGCCUACAGCAAGCGCCCUGGCCACCGCCUCGUCAAGGAGGGCAUCUACGGCUGGUCUCGUCAUCCGUCUUACGCCGGCUUCUACUGGUGGGCCUUUGGCACGCAGGUCAUGCUCGGCAACCCUGUCUGCGGGCUCCUCUUCCUCUGCAUGCUCCAGUGGUUCUUCCACAAGCGCAUUCGCGUCGAGGAGGUCUAUCUCGUCAAGUUCUUCGGCAAGGAGUACGAGGACUAUCGUCGCGAGGUGCCG